AAGUGCUGGGAUUACAGGUGCGAGCCACCGUGUCCGGCCUAUUUCACUUUAGAAGUAAAUUGAAUGCCACAUGCAAGGUUUGUUAAAUUUAGAAAGAAGAAAGAAAGGAAAAAUAGAAGUAAACUACCUAGUGGUAUCAGAAAUGCCAUAAUCAUUUUUGCCAUUUUUUUCAUUCAUUAGAAUUCAGUGCAUUAUGUUAUUUUGGUAUCUCUGCAGUAACUAAGUUUUUUGUCUUAUUUAAAGCUUCUGAGAUUUUGGGGUUUUGUUUCCUUCGCUGAAAUUAAGCAUUAUCACUCCUACAUAGUACUAAACUGUCUAUGGAAUAGUCAGAGUCUCCCCUCUUGAGUUGGGAAGACCCUAGUUUGAAUCCCGGCUGUGCCACUUUAAAGUUCAUUAACUUCUCUUAGCCUUGGUCACCUGAACUCUGCAGUGGGGAUCCUUAUGCCUCAGAGUGUCAUUGGGAAGACUCACGAAAAAUAGCUUGUACUUUGAGUUUAGUACCUAGUCUGUAUGAGCCAGCAGUAAGAGGGACAGUCAUCACACAGCGCUUUACACACACCUCUCCCGUCAACGUGCAGCACUGUUCUUCCUUUGGCUACUGUUUUGUUAAUAAAGGUAUCCAUGGAGAACACUGAAAACUCAGUGGAUUCAAAAUCCAUUAAAAAUUCGGAACCAAAGAUCAUACAUGGAAGCAAAUCAGUGGACUCUGGAAUAUCCCUGGACAACAGUUAUAAAAUGGAUUAUCCUGAAAUGGGUUUAUGUAUAAUAAUUAAUAAUAAGAACUUUCAUAAAAGCACUGGAAUGGCAUCUCGGUCUGGUACAGAUGUUGAUGCAGCAAACCUCAGGGAAACAUUCAUGAACUUGAAAUAUGAAGUCAGGAAUAAAAAUGAUCUUACACGUGAAGAAAUUGUGGAAUUGAUGCGUAAUGUUUCUAAAGAAGAUCACAGCAAAAGGAGCAGUUUUGUUUGCGUGCUUCUGAGCCAUGGUGAAGAAGGAAUAAUUUUUGGAACAAAUGGACCUGUUGACCUGAAAAAAAUAACAAGCUUUUUCAGAGGGGAUUGUUGUAGAAGUCUAACUGGAAAACCCAAGCUUUUCAUUAUUCAGGCCUGCCGUGGCACCGAACUGGACUGUGGCAUUGAGACGGACAGCGGUGUUGAUGAUGACAUGGCGUGUCAUAAAAUACCAGUGGAGGCCGACUUCUUGUAUGCAUACUCCACAGCACCUGGUUAUUAUUCUUGGCGAAAUUCAAGGGAUGGCUCCUGGUUCAUCCAGUCACUUUGUGCCAUGCUGAAACAGUACGCCCACAAGCUUGAGUUCAUGCACAUCCUCACCCGGGUUAACCGAAAGGUGGCAACGGAAUUUGAGUCCUCUUCUUUUGAUGCUACCUUUCAUGCAAAGAAACAGAUUCCGUGUAUUGUUUCCAUGCUCACAAAAGAACUGUAUUUUUAUCAGUAAAGAAAUGGUCGGCUGGUGGUUUGUUCUUACUUUGUAUGACAAGUGAGAAGACCGUAUACCUGCUACUGUAUUUCUCUCUCAUUUUAACCUGCUCUCAUGCUGCAGAGGGUGCUUUGAGACGUAUUCCUUCCAUCAGGUAGAUCCAAUAUGAAGCUACCUCAAACUUACAAUCAGGUAGUUGCAAUUGAAUUUAAUUAGAAAUAAAUAAAAAUGGAUACUGGUGCAGUCAUUAUGAAAGGCAAUGAUUGUUAAUUUGCAGCUUUCAUGAUUAGCAAGUUAUAGUGAUGCUAUGCUAUGAAUUUAAGUAAUUGUGAAAAAGUAAUUGAAGUAAUGAAUUUUUAUGAUAUUCCUCCCACUUAAGACUGUGUAAUCUAGUUUUGUGAAACUAUAGAAAUGAUGUGGAAGAACUUAGUCAUCUAUGGGCAUGCUCAAAAGCGCAAACCUUUUUUUUAGAAUUGAUAACGCAAACAUGAGUCAACUGCGUUUUUAGACCAUUUAUCUGGGAUGAUGGUUUUGUGAUUUUUGUCCUAAACACCUUUGUUGUAAAUAAUAAUAAUAAUAAUAAUAAUAAUGUUUAAUAUUGAGAAAGACACUAAGUCUUUUAUGUGAGAGAAAGUGGGAGCAAACUAAGUUGACUCUUAAGGCUAAAACAUAACAUUCGUAGAGAGGUGGAGUUUUGACUGUAAGGUGCUACAAUGCAGCUGAUCUACCAGCAUAAAUACCUUCUGAUUUGUCCCUAUGCAAAUCAGUUGAGCUUCACAUACCAGCAAUAUAUCUGAAGAGCUAUUAUAUAAGAACCGCAGACUGUUGAUUACUAGCCAGAUCAUGUGAAUAAAUUUUAUAGGAACAUACGAAAAUACAACUUAAAUAAUAAAAAGUGGAAUGUAAGGAAAGCAAUAAACGUAUGGGAUGAGCUGUCUGUAACUUGAGAGCAGAUGGUCUGAGCCUGAGCAGAGACUUGGCACAGCCUGUUCCGUGAAGGUUUCAGGAAGGGCCUGCAGCUCGCUUCUCCAUACACACUGGUGUGUCUGGAAGAUGCCGCCAGGGCCCCACUGCCAAGAAAGGGAACCAAAUCAGAAACUUCUGAAAUGGAAAUGUUCUAAAGGUGGCGAGUCAUAAUAAAACUCAUAGCACUCUUUGUCGGAAAAUUCUUAAGCAUGUUAUAUUCUGUUGAUGUUUAUAAUCCAAGGAAAAUAGUAAUGUUUUAUACCGUUUACUGAAUGAAAAGGACCAUGACAUACAGGACUCCAGACGGCUUCCAGCCGGAGGCCAGAGCUGCGCACCCAGCCCGGAGGCAGACUGUAGGCCUCCUCACUCAGCAGGUGCCGCGCCCUCACUGCAUCGAGUCUCACUGCCUUUCAGUCUGACAUUUCACGGGAGAUUUCUUGUUGCUCAAGAAGUGAAUUCGCAUUUGUUAUUGUCAGGGUUUGUUUGUUUUUUUUUAACUAGAUUUGUAACUUUUGUAAAUACACGUAGCAUGUAAUAUCUUAAAGUGUGUUCCUGUGUGACAACUUUGUAGAAAUUUUCCUUUUUUCAAAAUACACAUUCAAACUUAAAAUUA